AUGGCUAUUGUUUUGCGAUAUGUUGAUAGUCUUGGCUUUGUGAAAGAAAGAUUCAUUGGAGUUGUGCACGUGAAAGAUACAUCCUCUUCGACAAACAAAAACGCCUUAAAUGAAGUACUUACAAGUAAUAAGUUGAGUUUUAGUCAGAUAAGAGGACAAGGUUAUGAUGGGGCUAACAAUAUGCGAGGGGAAUUUAAUGGUUUGAAAGCUUUGAUAUUACAAGAGAAUGACACAACUUUUUAUGUACAUUGUUUUGCACACCAACUUCAAUUGGUGGUUGUAGCUGUAGCAAAGAAGCAUGAUGGUGUUAGUGACUUUUUUGAAAAAGACUUGUUACGGGAACAAGCAAGACAAAGGGUGCAAGAAGGCUUAUGUAGUGGUGAACUUGAAACAGGAAGAGGAUUAAAUCAAGAGACUACACUUGUUCGGGCGGGAGAUACAAGAUGGGGUUCACAUUUCAACACACUCACAAGUCUGAUGAAGUUGUUUGCGGAUGUUCUUGUGGUUUUAGAAUUUGUGAAAGUGGAUGGAGGGUCAUUGGCAAACCGCCAACAAGCGUCCGGAAUUUUAGCAUAUUUUCAACCAUAUGAGUUCGUGUUUUACUUGUAUAUGAUGUAUGACAUUUUACACCUCACGGGUACAUUAUCAAAGCAACUUCAAAAAAAAGAUCUAGACAUUUUAGAAGCGGCUUCGAUGGUUAGAGGGACAAUGGAAGCAUUGCAAUCUUUAAGAGACACGAGGUUUGCUACCAUUUUGCCAAAGUUAGCUUUGAUAUUACCCGUAGCAACCGCUAGUGUAGAAAGAUGUUUUUCGAAGAUGAAGCUCUUGAAGACCGACUUGCGCAACAAGAUUGGCAAUGAAUUUUUGAACGAUGCGUUACUUUGCUAUGUUGAGACCGAAGCACUUAUAAAAGUUGAGAAUGAAAAGACAUAA